UUUCUGUGGUUCCUGUUUUUAGAGGAACUUUCUGGUGAAUUGUUGAGACGCUGCUAUAAAAGCGUCUGCAGCUUCUCCAGUUCUGCAGGUUUCAGAGAUGGCAGUGAAUCUCGGUUCUGGAGGUUAUGAUAAUCCCGUCUUCAAAGCCCGAAAAGUGACAGAUGUGAAAGUUUCUUCAGGCGACAUUUAUGAAAACCUUCGGAGAACUGAAAACUGCGAACAGCAGAAACCAAAAUCAAACUCUGACGUGACGCCCAAAGAAACUCCUGCUAUGAUGCCAAACGUUAAAGUCCAUCUGGUUCUGGUUUCGGUGGGGAUCCUGUCCGUCCUGCUGCUGGUCAGCAUCGGGUUCUUCUCCUGGGCCGGUUGGAAAAUGAACCAACUUGAUGAAGCCUUCAAAAAACACUCAGCAGAGAUAAAGGAUCUGGGGGAAAAAUCACAGAAUGAAACUGAGAAACUGAACCAGAAAAUCCAGUUGAUCCAGAAAUUCAACACCUUUCUGAUAAAUGAACACUGCAACAGCAGUGAGUGUUUGCUGUGUCAGACGGGUUGGACCUUCUUCAAUGAGUCAUGUUACUUUCUCAGUAAAAUUUCUCUGACUUGGGAUCAAAGUCGUCUGUUCUGUCAGUUUAAAUCUGCUGAUCUGGUUAUUAUUAAUAAUCUGCAGGAACAGAAAUUCAUUUAUGACAACUUGAAUUCAAACUGCUGGUUGGGGCUGUAUAAAAGUGGGAACGACUGGUACUGGGUUGAUAAUCGUAUCGACACACUAAGGUUCUGGAGGUUGUCUGACCCACAGUUUUAUUCAUAUGCACUCAUACUAUAUCGAUCGGUGAAUCACACAGUGAGUUGGGCCUCAGUACCAAAUACAUACUCCUCCUACCCCCUCUGUGAGCAGAAAGCCUUCAAAGUGUCUCUAAAUUAACUCUGUUUCUAUUUCCUCCUUUUUCUGCUGCAGUUUUUCCAGAUCAGCAGAUUUUAUAUAAAUAAUCAAAAUUUUCUCUAAAGUUUAAUAUAAAUAUAUUUAGUUUUUAUUUUCUGUGGCAUUUCACUAUUCAGUCAGUAUAAAUGUGUUCUGUCACAUUUAUACUGUUUUUGUGACUUAAAAAAAUCCAAGAAUUAAAAUAAUUUAACUCCAUAUAUUUGGAUACACUUUUUUCAUAGAGUAAAUGUUAAUUAGUGACAUUUUUCUUGAUUUACUGACAUUUGAUAUUUAAGCUGUUCAUUAAUGACACUAUUAAUAAUAUUACAUCAAGUUUAUUAAAGUCUGUGUGGCCAUAAAUCCUCCACCUUAAAAAAUUAUUGUUCUUUAAUUCAGUUUGAUUUGUUUUAUUGUCCCAUUUAAAGUGAUGCAAAUUAAAAUAGAUUUUCAUAGUUAAUUUUUUGUGAUCAUGAUGACAGAAACAUUAAAUGUUUUAAUAUUAGGCUGUUUGUGGAUUUUCUAACAAGUUUAAUAUUUUCUUUAUUAUAAAAUUAUUAUUAUUGACCUCUAAGACAAAACUGUAAAGUCUGGACAGGAUUGCAAAAGCAAACUUUGAUUUAAGGUCAAUUAUUUGAUUGUAAUUGAAAAUGAAUUUUAAAACUUUUCUAUAUAGAAACAUUUUAUCUUUGUUUUUGAAAUAACUUAUGAUAAAAU